AUGGCUUGCUAUACUGCUUUGGCUUUGAGUGCACUUCUCCUCAUGAGCUGCGCCUCAUGGGGCUCGGCCACCGUCUACACCGUCGGCGAUUCGAGUGGCUGGACCACCGGCGUAGAUUACACGACUUGGACCAGCGGCAAAACCUUCGUGGUUGGCGAUAGACUCGCUAAUUCUAAGCUGAGCUCCGGCGACUACAGCUCGUGCUCGACGAGCAACGCGAUCAGCAGCGACAGCAGCGGGUCGACGACGAUCCCGUUGACGACGUCCGGCACGCGCUACUUCGUCUGCGGCGUGGCGAACCACUGCGGCGGCGGCAUGAAGCUCGCCGUCUCCGUCGCCUCCGGCUCCUCCUCCUCCUCCCCUUCCACCCCUUCCACCACCUCCCCCUCCACCACCUACAACACUCACUCCUCCGCCGCCACCGCCACCGUCGUCGCACCCGCUUUCUCGGCAAUGCUGGUGGUUUUCGCCGUGAGCCUGCUUUAGGCCAGGCCAGGGUAGAGACAGUGCUCGAUCGUUCUCCCUAUCCUAUCCUAUCCUCUCUUUUUUUGAGUUUUGAGGCAUUUGCUUAAUUUAAUCUUUUCAUGUACUUAGCAGUUAGUUAAUUACAUCAUUGUAUUUGCAUGGUUGUUAUAUAUUAUGGUGGUUAUGAGUGUUAUGACAUAAUAUAUAUGUAUGUUGAGCUUUUAUUUAUUAGUAA